GGUCAGUACAAUCCUACAGCAUUCAUGGUCACUGCCGGUGGAAUCAUACGAUGUAACUUAUGCGUGAAAACGAACGUAUACAGCUGUGACAUUUUAGUUAAGAUAAACACGGAGACUUCAGUAAAAAUCUCGAACAAGAGUAUUUAUUAUGUCUCGAGCUCGUUUGGAUCAAUCGCAGUGGUUGUCUCUUACAGAAGAUUCUCUGUUUUUGCAUGAUGGUUUGCUAAGAAUCACAGAUUUAGUUGAAUUGCCGCAUGAUGUUAAUAGUCUAGGGGAUGAAGGGGAACGUGACGUUGAAUUUGUUACCGUGGAAACUGAUAAUCUGGACGAUUUGAAUGAUAGAAUUUUAAGGCUAUGCCGAACUCAAAAUAAUGCUUACACAAGACUUUUGGAGUACCGUUUGAAUGCGUUACGAGGUUUAUGGACUGCUCAAAAACAAUUUGCUCUAGACGAAUGUGAAAGAGGAAGCAUUGGACAAGAAGAUGCUCAUUUUCUACUCAAAAAAACCAUCGGAAAAUCAACAGGAACAAGCAUCAUUCUCUUCUCGUGUUAGUUUGCUUCUGGUUUUUCCUCUCCUUCAGUCACAAAGCAAAACUGACCCUAGUCUUUGUGGCAUUACAGCAAAUCUAUUAUUAAAGUGUCUGAAAGAAUGCCCUCCGCUAAGUCUUAUGAAGGAACCUGCUGAUUGCCUUUCAGGGUUGGAAAAUCUUUUGUGCACUUGGCUUGGGGAAGAAGGGUUAAGCGUAGAUCUUGACAAUGCAAUUGUAAAAGAUUCCCCCCAACGACAGAAUACUGCAGCAGCUUUGGUUGCUUUAGCCUGUGCAAGAGGUUCUUUGCAGACUAUGUUGCAUGUAAUAUACCUGUUGCAAAAGAUGCCUGAGUUAAACAGCCUUCCAGUUGCUGACACCUUACAGAACUUAAGGCAGGUUGGAAACUUGUGUACAUCUUCUGUUUUAGGAUCCAAACAUAUUCUCAGCUGGCCUUUUGAAGACAGAUUAACUUCGAAAGGAGACAAGAAUGAACAAGACAUUGAAGGCAGUCGAAGCAUUACCUGUGAUGGAAAACAUCUAUAUAUGACAAGCUCAAAUGGACAAGGGCUAGUUAAAGUUGGAACCGGUUUAUAUGGUACAUUGAGGGGAUUCAUCUACUCCCGUGUCACAGAUCUUAGUGGUGGGAGGGUGGCUUGGGGAAAUGGAUUGCUACUUUACAGACCAUAUACACUGGAUAAAGAUUUCACCUUGCUAGCACUGCUGAUGAAUCCAUAUACAUUAAAGCAAGAGAUGGUUGUCCAUCUCCCGAAUGGCUACCUUGAAGAGAAAAGCAUCACAACAAUCCAAUUUACCAGUGAUGGCUCUUAUUUUUACUUGAUCUGGAGCCCAUUUGUUCCUGCACGUCAAGGAACAGCUCAGCCUAUAUACUUGGAUAUAUUUAGUGUUAAACAACACCCAGACACUCUUCAUGUAGUUCCAUUGAAAACUAAAAUCCUGCUUAAGAAGAAAGAAGAAAGCUCAACCAAAAUCUCCAGUGAUACCAUCUUGUCUCGACAAAGACCCUUUCGUUCCACAGUUGUGAGUGCCAUAACCUUAGCUGCACUGACAGGCUCUGUAUCAUCCAGUGUGCCAAGUCAGGAGACCCCAGGUUCAAGUGGGGCUACUUUAUGUUCUGUAACAAUUUAG